AUGGAGAAGAUGGACAUUGACGUGCGGCUCAAGGCGUAUCGCCUUGUCGCCUUCUCCGCUGUCACUCUAUGCGUUCUCUCCGUCAUUUCGGUACGUUUUUGUGCUUUCGGUACUAGGAUUGUAGAUAUCAUAGGUUUACACUAGUAGCAUAGGUCUUAGAUACCAUAGACUGACAAAUUGACCUCCAGGUAUGCAUCACGAUGCCGAUGGUGUACAACUACGUGUCGGGCAUGCGAACGCGUCUCUCGCAAGAGGUCGCCUUCUGCAAGCACUCUGCCGACGAGGUGUUCACCGAGGUCAACUACCUUCGAGCCACGACCCCAGUCUCGAGUGGCGCCAACUCGACUCGUAACGCCCGUCACGCCGGAUACGGAGGAUACGCGCAGCCGCCGCCACCACCACCGCCGCCGCAGCAAAGCCAAUGCAACACGUGCUGCCGUCCGGGACCACCGGGAGCCGCUGGAACCCCCGGAAAGCCGGGGCGCCCGGGAGCGCCAGGAGCGUGGGGACAACCGGGAAACCCUGGAAAGGCGGGAAGCGGACCGUGUCAUCCGGUCGUUCCGGCUCCAUGCAAACCGUGCCCUGGCGGACGACCAGGACCCGCCGGCGCGCCAGGACUGCCAGGACCGGACGGAGCGCCGGGACGUGCUGCCUAUGGAGGAGGCGCCGCGCCACGACCAGGACCACCAGGACAAAAGGGAGCGGCGGGAAGGCCCGGACAACCGGGACGACAAGGAGCGCCAGGACAGCCGGGAGCCGACGCGCAUGGCUACGGCGGAGGAGUCGCGCCACCAGGCCCGCCAGGCGCACGCGGACCGCCAGGACCCGCCGGACAACCGGGAUCGUCGGGCGGCGGACGGCCCGGACCACCAGGACCAAAGGGAGCGCCAGGACAGCCGGGAAGACCAGGACCAGACGGACACCCCGGACAACCAGGACGUGCCGGAAACGCGGGCGGCGCCGGCGUCAAGGGCGUCUGCCCCAAGUACUGCUCCAUCGACGGCGGCGUCUUUUUCGAGGACGGCACAGUGCGCAGAAAGUAG